GGCGUGGCGCUGGUGGAUGGGCAGCCGGGGAACGAAGGGAGGGAGGAAGGAAAGAAAAAAGGAAGGAAGGGGCCAUUGGCGUUCCCGUGGUCUUGCCUUCCUUCUCCCUUUCUCCCUCUUCCUCCCCGAUGGAGGUGCUGGGCCCCAUGGAGAUGCCCGAGGGCUCGCUCUGCUCCUUCGCGGCGGCGUCGGCGGCGGGCGAGGACUUCUACGACGACCCCUGCUUCAACACCUCGGACAUGCACUUCUUCGAGGACCUGGACCCGCGGCUGGUGCACGUGGGCGGGCUGCUGAAGCCCGAGGAGCCCCACCACCACGGCGGGCCCGGCGAGGCGGACGAGCACAUCCGGGCGCCCAGCGGGCACCACGCGGCCGGGCGCUGCCUGCUCUGGGCCUGCAAGGCCUGCAAGCGCAAGACCACCAACGCGGACCGGCGCAAAGCAGCCACCAUGCGCGAACGCCGACGGCUCAGCAAGGUCAACGAGGCCUUCGAGACGCUCAAGCGCUGCACCUCCAGCAACCCCAACCAGCGCCUGCCCAAGGUGGAGAUCCUCCGCAACGCCAUCCGCUACAUCGAGAGCCUCCAGGCGCUGCUCCGCGAGCAGGAGGACGGCGGCGGCAGCGGGGGCGCCUACUACCCGGCCCUGGAGCACUACAGCGGGGACUCCGACGCCUCCAGCCCGCGCUCCAACUGCUCCGACGGCAUGAUGGAUUACAGUGGACCGCCUUGCAAUUCCCGCAGAAGGAAUAGUUAUGACAGCAGUUAUUAUUCAGAAACACUAAGCGAUUCAAAGCAAGGGAAGAGUUCCGUGGUUUCCAGCCUGGAUUGCUUGUCGAGCAUUGUGGAGAGGAUUUCAACGGAGAGCACAGCCUGUCCCUCCCUGCCUGUGGUUGACAGUGGAGCUGAGGGGAGCCCCUGCUCGCUCCAUGAUGGAUCCAGCCUGAGUGACCCUGGGACCCUAACUGCCUCCCCAAAUAGCUGUACUCAGCUCCCCCAGGAAGCUACCAGCAACGCCGCCAGCAAUCCGAUCUACCAAGUGCUAUAAAGGCACAGCAGACUAGCAGCAGCCUUGGAGGACUGUUCCAAGAUUGCCGACAAAUAAUUCUUAAACUCGCCUUCCAAAGAUUACAAAAGACAACACUCAUGGGGUGUUGGGUUUUUUAAAACCAGCUUUUUAAUGUAUCUAAUAAUUCCUUUUCACACACAUAUAUAUUUUCCAAGCUUGUAUUACUUCAAAAUACUCUUAUUUAUUGGAUAUCAACAAAAGCUAUUUAAUUUGUAUAUAGAGGGAAUUUAGAAUUGUGUGCCAUGAAAUGGCUAAUAUGUUUAAUCGGUACUUUAAAAGUGUGGGGAAACCUUGUUUUAGAGAAACACUUUAGCAGUCCUUUACAAAGACUGCUUAACUCCUGCUUGAUUUUUAGUUCUGUGUAAACCAUCUGAGUGAGUGGGUUUAUAGCCCUCCUUUGCCAUUUCCCUUAGAAGUACAGCCAGCCACAUAUAUACAGAAAAGGUUUUGGACCAUUUUUUUAAAAUAAAAUUAUCUACUUAUUUUGUAUACGUGUAAAUAAGAGUUGCUUUGCAGAAAAAAAACCCAUCAAAACAAAACCAAAAACUUGCAUAUUUAAUGUUGCUUGGUUUGUUGUGCCAAAUGUUAACUUUAUAUAUUUAUACAAUGUGGAUGCUGAGAAUGUUUUUAACAGUAUUCUAAAUAAAGAUCUUUAUUUAUAAA